ACAAAUGGAUGAGUUCUCUCAUUGCUCUUUCACUGUGAUGGGUCCAAGUCAAGGGAUCAAAGCAGUGGAGAUGCUGAUGGGGGAUGAGAGGAGGAGGAGGAAGGGAGGAAGUGGGAGGUGCGGGUGUGUAAAGAGGGAUGUCCUGCAAGAUUGACGUGAUCUAAUCCAUUUUGUGACAGACUCCUUGCGAUAUAUAAGCACGGCAUCUUCACAUUCCUGAAUUACCUGGACUCUGACCCCAGAAAACAGGUGUUACUGAAGAGCAAACGUCCAAAGACACAUUGCCCUGUAUCAGACUCAGCAUGCUGCCCACCGCCUUCACUCGGCCCGUGACUAAGUGCCUGAUUGGCUCGCGCUUGGGGACGGUCGCGUUCUUGCUGCUGCUCAUUCUGUCCGCCACUGAGACCUCUGCACACGGCACUACAGUCGAGCACGACCUCCACAUCGUCCACAAUGUCGAUAACAGAAGUCCAGAGAUCGACCCCUUCUGGUAUGUGGGUCGCGGUGUGAGACCCAUCGGGCGGUUUGGGAAGAGACAGAGCGGAGGUAGUCUGCAGCCUGUGGUCAAAUCUCUGGAGCUCCUGUUGAACACUCUCAGGAAUAAGGAGAGCUUGCAGAACGCACUGGCACAAGAGGACUCAGACUGGUUACCGUGAGAUCUACUACCUACAGCGACCAGUUGCCUGUAAUAUUUGAAUGUGUUUUAGUGUGUAUAACUAAUCACAGUUUUAUCAUUCUCUCCAUGGCUGUGUGACUCUCAAUAUUCAUUUCAAAUAAACUGACUGGCAGGUGAAAAUAUCUGUACAUAUUACAAAUGCAAUCUAUAUUAAUAAAUAAAUGUACAAAUGUAUGUAUACGUUUUCCUCUUAUUAGUAGCUUACUGUAAUAGAUUAUGCAAACUACUGCUCCACAAUUAAAUUAAAAUAAAAUUAAACUAUAAUCUACCCAAGAAAAA